GAAAAAACAAAACUUGGGCCUAACCCAUUCAGUGGGCGACCGAAUCGGCCGACUUAUGAUGGAAUUCAUUUAAAUUCCAAAGGCCUCAUACACAUAAUGGGCCAUGGCUUUAAAAGCCCAGUUAAUAUAUCAAGAGAAAGAAACAGGGGCCUUAAUUUAUAGACAAGUUUCAAGGAAGUAUCUCUCCCACUAAACGAUGUGGGAUGUGCACUUAUAACGCCGACUUGUUACUUUUUCAUGGGUCCGGUCCAAGUAAACCACUCGGCCCAAUUCGGUUAACUGGCAACAUAUAUAGUUUUAAUAAAAGACACUUCCUAAGCAAGGAUAUGAAACAUCAAUAUAUAAGAAGCUUACACAAACAGAUCGUUUUCGAAACUUGUAAUGUGUCGAUGAAGCAAAGAGACUAAUAGUCAGAGAGACGAUCAGACGAAGGAAGAAGAUGACAAGCAAAGACGAAUUUUCCCGAGAUCGAGCUGCGAUUCGCUGUGCUAGAGCUACGAUGCUUCUCUAUUCGCUGACAUCGUCCCGCACAAUCGAUACCGCCGGCGAGAAGCAGGAGAAAGGAGAAACGCGCAGAGAAAUAGAGGAUCUGAAGAGAAAGCUUACCAUGGAGAAGAAAAAGAUGAAUCGGAUUAAGCUUUGCGGAUUGAUGGAACUGCUUCUUCUCGUCGUUUUGUCAUCUUCCUUGAAUGCUUUCAACUGAACAUAAUGCUCAUUCCUGAGUCCUGAGUAUUCUUUCAAACUCAGAGCAGCCUGAAUCUGAGCUUUUCUCAGUUCCUCAUCAUGCUUGGCUUUGACCUCUGGAGAUCUCAUUCUUAUUGCAAUCAUCUUCUUGUAACAUCAUGCUCAUUCCUGACUCUUGUUAUCAGAGGCUUCAUACUCCUAUCGAACCAUCAAAUUGGAGUGUUCAGUUUCAGCCUAAUUCUGAGCUUUGCUUCAGUUUUCUCAUCGUGAUUGGCUUUGUGAUUUAACUCCCUUCUUUUCAUGUUCUGAGAACAAGCAGCUUUAUCACCUUAUUAGCUAGUUAGAAUUCUGGUAAGUCAAAGAAAUGGGACUUUGAUUCAGAUAUCUGCAUCUUCUGCUACUAAACCUAUAAUUAAGUACAAAACUUAUAAAACUCCUUCUAACAAAUGUAUAAGCUUAUUCAUGCUC